AUGCCCCAAAUUCUUAUAUUCACAUACCUGAAUAUGUUUUACUUCUUUCCCUCUUUGCAGAUCUUGGCAGAAAACCUCACCAUGGUCACUGAAUUCCUGUUGCUGGGUUUUUCCAGCCUUGAUGAAAUUCAACUGGCCCUCUUUGUAGUUUUUGUUUUUCUGUAUCUGGUAAUUCUUAGUGGCAAUGUCACCAUUAUCAGUGUCAUCCACCUGGAUAAAAGCCUUCACACACCAAUGUACUUCUUCCUUGGCAUUCUCUCAACAUCUGAGACCUUCUACACCUUUGUCAUUCUACCCAAGAUGCUCAUCAAUCUACUUUCUGUGGCCAGGACAAUCUCCUUCACCUGUUGUGCUCUUCAAAUGUUCUUCUUCCUUGGUUUUGCCAUUACCAACUGCCUGCUAUUGGGUGUGAUGGGUUAUGAUCGCUAUGCUGCCAUUUGUCACCCUCUGCAUUACCCCAUUCUUAUGAGAUGGCAGGUGUGUGGAAAACUGGCAGCUGCCUGUGCAAUUGGUGGCUUCUUGGUCUCUCUUACAGUAGUAAAUUUAGUUUUCAGCCUCCCUUUUUGUGGUGCCAACAAGGUCAAUCAUUACUUCUGUGACAUCUCACCAGUCAUUCGUCUGGCUUGUACCAACACAGAUGUUAACGAAUUUGUGAUAUUCAUUUGUGGGGUUCUUGUACUUGUGGUUCCCUUUCUGUUUAUCUGUGUUUCUUAUCUCUGCAUUCUGAGGACUAUCCUGAAGAUUCCCUCAGGUGAGGGCAGACGGAAAGCAUUUUCCACCUGCGCCUCUCACCUCACUGUUGUUAUUGUUCAUUAUGGCUGUGCUUCCUUCAUCUACCUGAGGCCUACAGCAAACUAUGUGUCCAACAAAGACAGGUUGGUGACAGUGACGUACACUAUUGUCACUCCAUUACUAAACCCCAUGGUUUACAGCCUCAGAAACAAGGAUGUCCAACUUGCUAUCAGAAAAUUGUUGGGCAAGAAAGGUUCUCUAAAACCGUAUAAUUGA